AUGACGUCACUAGCCAUUGCUGAUAUUGGAGUUGGUAUUCAAACAACAUUUGCUAUACACCCAUCAAUUACUGAGUGCUGGCCGUACGGUGAUGUUGCAUGUAGGCUUACAGGUGGAUUGCAGUUUAUGUUAUGCGGUAUUUCAAUACACUCGCUAUGGGCGAUUAGCAUAGAACGCUACCUUGCCAUAAACUAUCCACUCCGUUAUCCAUUUUACGCGACGACUCAGCGCAGUUACAUUUGCAUAGCCCUUAUAUGUACGGUGAACUUGGCAUGGGUGACGCUGUUGGUGAGUCGUACAGACCCAAGUCAUUACAGCUACGGGGAGGGGGUCUACGUGUGUCUACCGCAGUGUAACAAACCUGAGUGCGCCAAGUUCAAUGCCACAAGUUCAACAGUGUUCGGCAUCAUCCCCCAAACAACCAUGAUACUUAUAUAUAGUAAGAUUAUGUACGUUUCGUGGAAGCAAAACAAAGUGAUAGCACAUCGCAAGAAAUCGACCACCAACGGUAACAGUUGUGUAUUUCCUGACAGAAGCAAAUUAAAAAGGAAAUUUCGAUCCGCUAAACUUGCGUGCAUGGUGACUGGUGCCUCCCUGAUUGCGUGGACUCCGUUUGUUGCAUGGAGAAUAUUUGCAAGUAUAUCAUCAUCGCCAGUGACAUCGGAACUUAAAUUUGCUUUCACGUGGUUGGGAUUUUCAAACAGUUUGUGGAAUUUCGUGAUGUACAGCGCUACAAGCACUGCUUUCCGUGAGAGUCUUAAACGAAUAUUCAUGACUGUUUGUUCGUUUGAGAAACACGUUUGUAGAACAAUUAACUUCAACAAGCAUGUCUAUUGGUAA